CAGAUCUUCUCAACGUCAGCAUACAGCGGGAUGUCCUAAGCAUCCCCGGCCCUGUGGUGUGUCUGGCCGCUUUUGAGGAACAGCUGAUGGUCGUCUUCCACAGUGGGAUGGGUGUCUCUGGCGAUCAGCACAUGGCAGCCAUCGUCCUGAGCGUAAAUGGAAACAAGCACCCCGUUCCCCUCUCUUGCCCCUUGCCCCUCUCCCCCCGCUCCUACCUGGCCUGGGCUGGAUUCACUGACGAGGGUACUCCAGCCGUCAUGGACAGUGCUGGCAUCAUUCGCAUGAUGCACUUCAAGUAUGGCUACAACUGGACAGUCAUCCUCAACACAAAGAAUCAUACAAAAGGCAAGAGUGACAAUUACUUCAUGCUGGGUGUGAGCGAAACACAGGGCAAUGUACGAUGCAUUCUCUGCAAGGGUGGGCGCUAUCCUCCUGUGUUGCCCAAACCCCAUGUCUCCAUCAUUAGCAUACAGGUACCAUUAUGCGAGUUAGAAACGGAGAAGGGUGGCCUCGAAGAGAAGACGCUGCGCUCUGGUCUCCUGCUGAAUUCCCUAGAGCGUCUUGGGCGCCAGGGCUAUGACGUAGAGGACUCGAAGAAUGAAGCUGACAAGAUCCUUAAGGAAGCCAUGAUUAAGCUGUUUGCUCUGGCGUGCCGCACUGAGCGUGAGUCUCGAGCCUUGGAAGUCUGCCAGCUGAUGCCAUCAUACCAUACUGUCCAGCUGGCUAUAAAGUAUGCAGGAAAGCUUCACCGUCUCCAGCUGGCAGACAAACUGGGCGAGGUUGCAUCAGCCAAGAUGCAGGAAGAAAUGGAGAGAGCUGCCAAGGCACAAGGGGUUGAGGAAGACGAUUUACAAAUGUACGGCAGCGGCAUGAGAAGAAUAAGAACAAGAGAUGAAGAUGAGGACGAAGAGGAUGAUUACUCUGAACAGGUUCAGGAAUCAGUGGAAAAUGAGGAAGCGGUUGUUGACAACCCAUUACUAGCAGCUGCAUCGAGAAGAGAGAAUACCACCCCACGUGGAGGCCUCCUCUCCUCGCAGAACUCAAAGAACCCCUUCAAGAAAAGUGGCACUCCCUCAUCAGCACCGCAGAGUGGGAAGCGAGGCAUCAAUGUCAUCGAUCAGUUCAGAAAAGCCCAGAAAAAGAUGGACUCCAGCCCAGUGUUGAGGCCUGUUGUUAAAAAACCACAGGCCAAGCAAACAACACUCAAGAAAGAGUCGCAGGAAGAGCCACCGGUUCCUUCAGGGAAGGAAAAUGUCUCGGAGAAUAUACCUGAGGAGACCCCCAAACCAUCUGCAACAAACCCAUUUAAGAAAGUGGAGAAGGCCACUGAUACUCCUCCCAAGAAGCAGUCAGCACUACAGCUGUGGUUGGCUGACAAUGAGAAAGUUGUGAAGGAAAAGUACCCUGAUGCCAGUGAGAAGGAUCUGCUGGCCAAGGCUGCAAUGAUGUUCAAAGAUGUGGAUGCUGAUACAAAGCAGAAAUACAAAGCUCUGGCAACUGGUACUCCUACGGCAACAACGACACCAGCAGCAGAAACGACCACAGCCCCAAAUGAAGAAGAUAAAAAGCGAAAACGCGAGGAAACCACUCCAGAAUCUCCCAUUGAAAAGAAGGCCAAGGGUUCAGGCUUAAACAAGCUUGCUGCAUUUGCUUUCAACAAAGAUUCAUAGUUCUUGUGAUGGCUUUUUGUAUAUAUUUGUGUAAAUGUUUUUAUAAAGAGAUUAGUUUUAACUUUUUCUUUUAAUGUACCAUUUUCUAGAGAUAUUUACCUUAGGUUUUUUCAUAUAUAACUGAGUAGAAUUAUUUUGUAUUUAUUUUUGUUCAUCAGAUCUAAUUAUAGUUGUGGAUGCAACAUAUUAAAUACAAUAAUAUGCUUUAGAAUUUGAAACAUUGUAAAAAAUAUAUAUGACAAACCAUUGAUAUUUAUUUUAUAAAAUUAAUUGAAAAAUCUGUAUAAAAUUAUAAAUCUAUUUAACCAGGAAGAUGUGAAGUAACCCUACCAUCUGAGAAACAAGUGUACAAGAUGCUUCCUUUCUGAAUAAAGCAGAAAAUACAUGA